GAAAAAGAGAGAGGGGGGGGGGGUUAGUAGCCACUCAAUGGCGCGAAAGCAAAGGGAAGAGGAAGAAAGUGCCGAAGUUGAAGGCCAGCUUGAAGAAUGUUGAAUCGCAUUCACUUACACUUUCAUUUCUCUCAAAAAUUCAUCAAAAAUGGCUUCUCGCUUUCAACAUUUCCAUAACCGUCACCGAUUCCUUUUUCUUCUCUUCAAUUCAUGAACCAAUUUUCUCACACAACCCUUCCAACUUAGACCUCUGCCAUGGGGACUCCAGUGAAUAUUAUUGUGGGUUCUCAUGUCUGGAUUGAAGAUCCAGAGGAAGCUUGGAUUGGCGGGUACGUAUCAAAAAUCAAUGAAAAGGAUGCUGAAGUUGAAACUACCGAUGGAAAAAAGGUUGCAAAUUUAUCAAAAAUACUUCCUAAGGAUACGGAAGUUCUUCCUGGUGGAGUGGAUGAUAUGACUAAACUGUCCUAUUUGCACGAGCCUGGAGUCCUGCAGAACUUAAAAGCUAGAUAUGAAUUGAAUAAAAUAUAUACUUAUACUGGAAACAUUCUGAUCGCAAUAAAUCCAUUCCAAACGCUGCCUCAUAUUUAUGGUGCGCACAUGAUGCAACGAUACAAGGAAGAUCCACUUGGAGAACUAAGCCCUCAUGUAUUUGCAGUAGCUGAGGUUGCAUAUAGGGCAAUGGUUACUGAAUGGAAAAACAAUUCAAUUCUGGUCAGUGGGGAAAGUGGAGCUGGUAAAACUGAAACUACAAAAAUGAUUAUGCAAUUCCUAGCUUUCUUAGGUGGUAGAGCUGUGACUGAAGGAAGAACAGUUGAACAACAAGUUCUUGAAUCAAAUCCAGUUCUGGAAGCAUUUGGCAAUGCCAAAACUGUCAGGAAUAACAAUUCCAGCCGUUUUGGUAAAUUUGUUGAGAUCCAAUUUGAUAAGAGCGGAAGAAUCUCAGGAGCAGCCAUCCGAACAUACCUUCUAGAGAGAUCUCGGGUCUGUCAAAUUAAUGAUCCUGAACGAAACUACCACUGCUUUUAUCUUCUUUGCGCCGCACCACAGGAGGAAAUUGAGAAAUACAAAUUAGGAAAUCCUAAAUCGUUUCACUACCUUAACCAGUCACAAUGCUAUGAACUGGCUGAUGUAAAUGAUGCUCAUGAGUAUCUCGCCACCCGUAGAGCUAUGGGUAUUGUUGGAAUAGGUCACAAAGAUCAGGAAGCCAUUUUCAGAAUUGUUGCUGCAAUUCUUCAUCUUGGUAAUAUUGAUUUUGCCAAAGGAAAGGAAACCGACUCAUCCAUUCCUAAAGAUAGCAAAGCCGAAUUCCACCUGAAAACGGCUGCUGAGCUUCUGAUGUGUGAUGCUGAUGCCUUGGAAGAUGCAUUAUGUAAGCGUGUCAUGAUCACUCCCGAAGAAGUUAUAAAACGGAGCCUUGACCCGGGAAGUGCAACAGUCAGUAGAGAUGGACUGGCAAAAACAAUUUAUUCUCGGCUAUUUGAUUGGCUGGUGGACAAGAUUAAUAAUUCAAUUGGACAAGACCCCAAUUCUAAAUGUUUGAUUGGGGUCCUUGAUAUCUAUGGUUUCGAAAGCUUUAAAUUGAACAGUUUUGAGCAGUUCUGCAUUAAUUUCACAAAUGAAAAGUUGCAGCAACAUUUCAAUCAGCAUAUGUUCAAAAUGGAACAAGAAGAAUAUGCAAAGGAGGAGAUCAAUUGGAGCUACAUUGAAUUUGUGGACAACAAAGAUGUUUUGGACCUUAUUGAAAAGAAAUCCGGAGGAAUCAUUGCUCUCCUCGACGAAGCUUGCAUGUUUCCAAAGUCAACACAUGAAACAUUUGCAAACAAGCUUUAUCAAACAUUUAAGAAUAACAAGCGCUUUAUUAAGCCAAAAUUGUCUCAAACAGAUUUCACCAUUGCCCAUUAUGCUGGAGAGGUGACAUACCAAUCUGACCAUUUUUUAGACAAAAACAAGGAUUAUGUGGUUCCUGAAUAUCAAGAUUUAUUGAUUGCUUCCAAAUGUCCUUUUGUAUCUGCCCUUUUUCCACCACUUCCAGAAGAGACAUCAAAAUCUUCCAAAUUUUCAUCAAUAGGUUCUCGUUUUAAGGAAGCUAAUAAAAUUUGGAUGGUACAGCUACAGCUACAGCAGCUAAUGGAAACAUUAAGUUCAACAGAACCCCAUUACAUUAGAUGUGUGAAACCAAACAACCUCCUCAAGCCUGCAAUUUUUGAGAAUGUCAACAUUAUGCAUCAACUUCGUUGUGGUGGUGUAUUAGAUGCUAUCAGAAUCAGUUGUGCUGGCUAUCCUACACGCCGCCCUUUCUUUGAAUUUGUGAACAGAUUUGGUCUCCUUGCCCCAGAGGCCAUAGAAGCAAACUGUAAUGAAAAGAAUGCUUGCCAAAAGAUUCUGGAGAAGACGGGGCUUAAAGGAUAUCGGAUUGGAAAAACAAAGGUAUUCUUGAGAGCAGGUCAGAUGGCUGAACUAGAUGCUCAGAGAGCUCAAGUACUUGGUAAUGCAACCAAAGUUAUCCAACAGCACAUACGAACCCAUCAAGCUCGGAAACAUUUUCUUGCAUUGCAAAAGAAGACCAUAUAUGUGCAGUCUUGGUGGAGAGGAAGACUCGCAUUCAAACUCUAUGAGAAAAUGAGAAGGGAGGCCGCUGCUGUGAAAAUUCAAAAGAACAUACGCAGUUACGAAACUAGGAAGGCGUAUAAAAAACUUCAUAUGUCAGUACUUACUUUGCAAACAGCUUUAAGGGCCAUUGCUGCUUGCAAGGAAUUCAGAUUUAGGAAACAGACCAAAGCUUCCAUCAUUAUUCAGGCUCAGUGGCGGUGCCACAAAGCGGUCUUACAAUAUAAGAGGCUCAAAAAAGGUUCAAUAGUUACACAAUGUAGAUGGAGGGGGCGUUUAGCUAAGGGAGAACUUAGGAAACUGAAAAUGGCUGCAAGAGAUACUGGCGCACUUCGUGAAGCAAAGAGUAUGCUUGAAAAAAAAGUGAAGGAACUUACUUGGCAUCUCCAACUGGAAAAAGGUUUAAAGGCUGCAAGAGAUACUGGCCCACUUAAAGAAGCAAAGGGUAAGCUUGAAAAACAAGUGGAGGAACUUAAAUGGCGUCUCCAACUGGAAAAAGGUUUAAGGACAAAUCUAGCAGAAUUUAAAGCACAGGAGAUAGCAAAACUGCAGAAUUCAUUGCAGGAGAUGAAGAGAAAAGUUGAUGAAACUAAUGCUCUGCUCCUCUGGGAGCGAGAGAAUGCAAAGAAAGCUAUUGAAGUAGCAUCUCCUGUCAUUAAAGAAGCAAUGGUUCUUGUUGAAGAUAAAGAGAAGAUUAAGAGACUGAGAAUGGAAGUUGACAACCUAAAGACAUCACUCAAGUUAGAGAAACUGAAAUGCAACAGCUUUGAAAGAAAAUAUAACGAAGCUAAAAUUUGCAGUGAAGAAAGAGGUAAAAGGUUAGAAGACACGGAGAAGAAGCUUCGUCAGCUCCAAGAAUCAAUGACCAGGUUUACUUCUCAAAAGAAUUUCUAGCUAAUUUCAGAAGUCAUCAUCAAAAGCUAAGUCAAUCCCACUCUUAAUUUGCACGGAUGGUUGAACAAAAUCUCGCAAUUCUAUUACUAGGCUAUAAGAGAAGAUCACUACUUUAGAACCAGGGAAGCAGGUUCUACGUCAACAAGCUGUCUCCAUGGCACUUAAUAAGUUCCCUUCAUGAUACCCCAGAUCAAUUGUUCAGUUUCUUGUCUCUGUUGGUUGAGAGCUGCUGAAAGUGGUCAUGUUGUUGUGGGAUGCAAAAGACAUCUUUUGUAACAAUCUUUUCAAUGGACUAUGAUUGAUUUGGGCAUUUCUAUGUACCUUUUACUUUUUUUCUUGGUCACCUAAUGGAUUAAUCAGGAACUGCAAGCACAUCAAGGACCUAGAGGGAAUCCUCUGAAAUAAAGGAUAAGCCGCAAAUGUCAUGAAAUGAGAAUAAUAGAAUAAUCAAAAGUAAUCCAUUAGAUGUAUUGCACAACUUCUAGAAUUGGCUGGGAACAGACUAAUUGCCGCUUGUAUCAUAGACAAAUGUCUCUUGCAUUGGAGAUCAUUUGAAGUUGAGGGUGCUAGUACUAAUGUUUUCGAUCGUAUCACCCAAACUAUUGACCAUGCAAUUAAGACCCAGGAUAUCAACAAUGCUUGGCCUAUUGGUUAUCCCAUGCCUCCAAACUUUUCUUGUUACUCAAAGCAAGCGGUUCUUAUGGAAUGGCUCCACAAUGCCACUGUUCUUCAUCAGCAGCCCUGUUUGGGAGGAUGACUCAAUCUAAAUCAGGGUUCUUCGUGAUAACUUCAAGAAAGAAAUUUCUCCAUUACUUGGAUUAUGCAUCCAGGCAAUCAAUUGAGACAUUGCUGUUUUUAUGUGAUGAGAUUGGCGCCAAGAACUUCCAGAGCAAGAUUGGUCAAGUGAUCAUCAUGUUCUGUUGCAAACACCAAUGCCCAGCGCAUAAUGAUUGCCCGCUAGCAUGGGACAGUGAAGAGCCUAGGAAAUUUUUUAUAUACUUCAAAAGCAAAUCAUGUCAAUAAGACCUCUGUGACAUCAUUAUUUCUAUGAUUCUGCCUCCUUAUGGAAAUUUGUGCCAACAACCCUUCUGGCUCUAGAUGUAUAUAUUUGGGUACAAUUUCAUAGGGACUGUUCCCACUGCUCUCUACUAAAAAACAACAAUAUAACUGUUGCAAAAAAAAUUAAAAGGGUGUAAAAUAACUGCCUCUUUGUUAGACGAACAACAAAAGCAGUACUUAUGAUGGGAGUGCUGCUCAUUUAGUAAUGGAGAAUUUGUCAAAGCUGGUUUGGCGAAACACUGCUGAUAUUGCAUGUAGGUCUUUUAAUAGGUCAUUUCCAAUAUGUGAGUGUUGAUGACUGAAGAUUCAAAUAAUGCAAUUAGUAAUUCUUUCUUGUUGGAUAAUGAUUCAAGCUGGGUGAAUUGGGUUUCAUCAUUACGUCCUCUUUCCCACAAGGAAAUGCUUAUUGUUGUGAGGGGUGUUUGACAAGAAACGCAAGAAUUCUAUGUGGCAGCAUGUAACACUUACAAAUAAUAAGGGAAAAUUUGCCAUGUUGCUUAUAACCACAUUCAUUUGGCUGAAAGCUCUUUUCUUGGGCAGUUAAUUUUCAAAAUACAACCCUUCGAAAGCUGACAAAAAAAAAACAAGUUUUCUCGUUGCAAAAUAAGCUACUCAAAACACAGAUAGAUAAAGACCGACUAAUCCUGUAAACCCAUGAUCCUAGAAUCGCAUGGCAGGAAAUUGAGAGCUUGGAAGCACGACAGUGGCAUAAGGGGGUCUUUGUUUUAUAUGUAGUAGUAGAUACUAGUUUGACAGGCUUGUAGUAGUUAAUAUAUCCUUUUGAAAAUCGGUAUGGUGAUAAUGAUAUUGUGUGCAACAUUAACCAUUUUAAGCAUUGAUUUUGCAGCAUUCCGUUCUCUAUUGAUGACAUGUUGAAAUCCAGGGAGCAGAUAGAUAUCUCAGAUAUUGAGACUCUAGUACGUGAAAACUCUGCUUUAGCUAAUUCUUACCUUGCUCGGAUCGACAACUUUUAUUGUGGAAUUGACUGCCCCUGCACUCUUAUGCUCCUCCAUGAGAUAUCAAGUCACAUUCAUUUAGACCAGAUCUUAUCAUGAAAUGCUGAACUGUUUAGUUUGGUUGUGUCAGAAACAAGUUAUGUAUUCAACAUGCCAAAUUUACCUAGUAGUUAAAAUUUUAAAAAAAUGGACGACACGACGUAUACCA